GUUACAAAUUUGUCAUAUUACGAUCUUGUAAUAUAAGAUGGCCUCCUACAAAUCACUUUACAUACUGUUGGCUCUGACAGCCGUAAAUCUAAUCAGUGCACAAGAAGAUCCUGGUGCUAACACUAAUUCAGAUUCUCCAAGCAGACACGAAACUCCUCAAGAGGAAAGACGUCCUUCGUUCGGUUUUGGUUGUCCUGUUGACUUUGGAUCUGGUUUCGGUUUCCCACUACCAUUCUUUGACUUUAACGGUGUUCCUGACAGACGACACGAAUAUCCUAAACAUCAUAGAAAUUUUAAUAACGAGCCUGGAAGUCAAGAUACACUCAGGAAUAUUGUAACGUGUAAUCACAUAAUCACCCCUGGAAGAACUUGUAUUAGUUGCAAUGAGACCUUAAUUUGCUCACGACUUAAUCUUGGUAUUGUCUCAACAUGCAAAGGACGCAGGCCCCACUGCAAUCAAGGUGUUUGUUCUACAACACCAAGCGAGGAUUGCAACUCUGCCUUUAUCGAAUAAAAGAUAUAUUAAAAGACAAAAUCAGUAAGUAUUAAAAAUAAUCUCACAAACGAAAAUACAAAGCAGGCAUAGUCCAUGAAGUAAAAUGCUUAAAGCCGUUGAGAUGAUUUACAACAAUACCAGGCACGUCACUUCUCCGAUACUUUGCCUUAGUUCUAGUAGACCUAACUAUAUCAAUCAUUUGGAAUAGUUAGGUCUACUAAUAAUUGAGAUUGCCCUAUUGUGAACACAUACGAGAAUCCUUCCCAGUUCUUUACGCGGGUAUAAUAAGAAGCGACACAGAGCAAUGUUCGCUAUCGGUAAACCCAUAUGGUAUUUAUACCAGAUGCAAAACAAGAUCCGUGCCGGGAAACAAAGUCAAAAGUACGAGACCUCUGCUGCAGUGGACGCCAAUCGGUCUGUCAAGCGUGACGAUUACCAAUUCUAACCUAGGAUGCUCUGGACUCGAGUAUUUCUUCGUAGCCUACUACUUCUAUCCAUAUAAUAAUUAAUGAACAUUGUUUUUAAAUACAAUUAAUCUCCUAAUAAGUAAAUAACCAAACAAUUUUAUCCUUAUUUACUAAUAUAUCAUUGACAAACUUUUUUAUAUAUUUUUCAGAUAUAUCGUUGUGACUACUGUGCGUUUUUUAACGAAUUAAAUAUAAUUUUAUUUAUCAAUAAAUAGAUAUAAAAGUU